AUGCCUGAGAACCAACCAAUAACAAAGAGGAGUAUUUUGAGUCGGUUAGGAAGAGUCUACGAUCCUUUGGGAAUGGUAUCGCCUACCAUGGCUGAGGGUAAGCACAUAUUUCGAGAUGCCUGUGAAGAAAGAAAAGGUUGGAGCGCUGAAGUGUCAGAAUCCUUGAAAAGAAAGUGGAUCAAGUGGAUCAAGUGGAACAAUCAAAUGAAAAAUGUUAAAGUUCCUAGAGCUAUAACUAAGAAAUCGGACGUGAUUGAAGGCAUUCAACUCCAUUUGUUUGCAGAUGCUAGUAACCUUGCUUGCUGUGCAGCAACAGUCGCAGUGGUAGAGCACAAAUCAGGAACUGUGAAAGGUCUGUUAACGUCCAAAUCUCGAAUUUCCAAAAGGAACACCACAAUACCGAGGUUGGAACUUGUGAGUGGUCAAAUGGCGGCGAACAUGGCAAGGAAUUUAUACCAUGCGCUACUGCGAUUGCCUGUUAAGUCUAUCAUCAUCUGGAUGGACAGUAUGGUCGCGCUUUACUGGUUAAGUAACCCUGGAAAGCCUUGGAAGACUUUCGUCGCUAAUAGAGUUAAGAAGAUAGCAGAAAUUACCAACGAGAUUGGUUUGGUGUGGAAGUAUUGCCCAUCAAGUGAGAACUUGGCGGAUCUAGGCAGCAGGGGAGCUACAAUUGAGAAAAUGGUAAAAGACGGAUGGUUCACUGGUCCUGAGUGGUUGUUUCAUGUAGAACAGUGGCCCAAACAACCCCAGCUUAAGGUUACUACACACGUAAGCGAAGAGAGCAAACCCAGCAUGGUGGAGGUCUUUUUUACCAAAGAACGAGAGCCUGAUGAAUGGGAUGCGCUGCUGGAAAGAAGUUCGUAUUGGCGCACAUUAAGAGUUACAGCGUGGGCACUGAGAUUCCUGCACAACUGUUUGGCGAAACGGCGUAAAGAUAAAAGAAAAUCUGGGCCCAUCGGAAAUGAAGAAAUUGUGAAAGCAAAGAAUACAUGGGUGAUAAUGAUUCAGAAAAAUAUUAACCCAACUCUACAAGCACCUGGCUGGAAAAUCUUCGAAGAUAAGAACACAAACAUUCUCAAAUGCAGGGGAAGAGUUCGGGGAUAUACUCCAACAUUUAUCAAAAGAGGAUUGUUUGCAGAGAAGCUUAUCACACAUACACACAAUCAAAUUAUGCACUUAGGCAUUGCAAAUACAAUGGCCGCCUUGCGAGAAAACUGGUGGAUCCCUCAACUAAGAUCGAAGGUAAAGAAGGUGAUAAAAAAUUGCAACGUUUGCAAACUGUACUCCACGAAACCAUACGGAGCGACAGCGACAAGUAACAUGCCUAAAUUUAGAACUGAGACCAGCAAGCCAUUUGAGAUCACUGGCAUGGAUUUUGCCGGACCGUUAAGGUACAAGGUCAACAAAAAGGAAGAAGGAAAGUCUUACGUUCUAAUCUUUACUUGCGCUGCAUGUAGAGCCAUUUGGAACUAACUAAACUCAAGAAGCUGGUGAAUUUCAGCGAAAACUUAACACAUUUAUUGCACGUAGAGGAAGACCUCGCUUGAUGAUUUCCGAUAAUGCUGCUACUUUCAAAGCGACUGCAAAGUGGACUAAGCUAAUUCGAAAAAGUGAGAAGCUUCAGGAUUUCCUCGCAACCCAAGAUAUCUAUUGGAGAUUUAAUCUGGCAAAGUCCCCAUGGUGGGGAGGCAUCUACGAGAGGCUGAUUCGUGAAAUCAAGAAAACCUUAUAAAAACCUUGGGAAAAUCACACUUAUUCUUUGAAGGUUUGGAAUCGGUCGUAUUGAACAUCGAAAGCAACAUGAACAACCAUCCGUUAACUUAUGUAGAAUGUGAUGGUGGGGAGAAACAAGUCCUGACGCCAAACAUACUCAUUCGGGGAGAAAACUCUUACAUGUUAGACGAUGUUGAAGAUGAAGAAGACGAGCUAACCAAGAUGCAAAGAAGACUUAGAAAAGCAAAAGAUGAUGCAUGGAAACGAUGGAAGCGGGAAUAUGUGCAUAGUUUACUGGAGAGCCAACGAGUCAAUUUCAAGGUUGUCGAAGCACCACACAUUGGAGACGUUGUCCUGGUAGUGGGAGAAGAGAAGAACAGGGGAGAAUGGAAAAAAGGGAAAGUGCUUCGACAAGUUCGUGGAAAAGACGGUGUAGUCAGAGGAGUUGUGCUGUUGCACAAAGGGCGUACUAUUGAACGACCACUACAGUUGAUCUGUCCGCUUGAGAUUCAUUGCACACCAAACGAACGACACAAAGAAGUUGAAGAAAAGGAAUCGGAGAAAGAAAAGAGACCUCAGAGACAAGCCGCAAAGAAAGCAAUCAAGAAAAUAAAUGAACUAACGCAGUUGGAAGAGGACUGAACAUUUAAUAUAUACGUUGAUAUUCGGUUUUGAAGCUAUAAAAAUUAAACUUUAAUUCUUAGGCGAGUGUGUACGGAAUAAUGGACCCCCCCCCCAUUUUGGAACCCCGUUAUUGGAGAACUAAUCUCUGUGUGGUAAUUCCAGCCAUGUAAUCUAUUGUGUGUAAUAGUUUGUGUUAAAUGGCAAAAUCUGUAAAAUAAAAAUAAAAUAAAAUAUAAGUGACGUAAGCAUGAUUGACGUUUGCAUACGAGACAAAACAAAACACGUGAUUUGUGAGCGUGAGAAUUCUAUAUUUUUAUACAAAUAAAUGUAAUUUGUCUUUGUGAUUUCUGUGGUUGUAUACCUGUUAACAAUUUAACAAGAGAAGUUCGGUAUAACCCUAACCCAUAAGAGAGCUCGACAACUGGCCUCUGUCGGUUAGAGUGCUGCACUGGAAUCGCAGGUCUAAUUCCGGCCAGGGACCUACAGUUGCUUUUUUUCACAGCUGUUCCUUGUUUUGGAAUAAUAAGUGUCUAUAAAUUUCCACUCGACAAUUUCCAUGUCCAAGACCCAACUAUUAUAAUGAGUGGGAUGCCAACAGAAUCUCUUAGAAUAAUAUAUAGGCCUAGUGUCCUAAACAACUGAGCUACAGUACAGAGUCCAAAUGUCGAGCUCUAACCACAAGUAUAUAUACUGGUUACUGCCUUGUCAAGGUAUCAGUAAAUAUUAAUAUGUUUUAAAGGUUAUAGGUUUCAAUUUUGGUAUUUAGCGAUACUAACACAGCAGUACCCAAGUAUACAAACAUGGAUUCCAGCUUGACAACUGGACUCUGUAGCUCAGUUUUGUUGGUUAGAAUGCUGCAAUUGCACCAGGAUUGCAGGGCUGCAGGGGCGAUUCCAGCAGAGGACACAAUAAUAUUCAAAGUGUGUGAGCAACUAGCAGUCGGGAUGUACCUUUCAUAUACCAUGCUACUUUCGGGGAGUUUAUUAAUUUUGUCUACCACAGUACUUAUUGAACUUGAAGCUCACAAUUGGGUUGGCUUUAAAUAGUAUACAGUUUAUAGUUUAAUAAUUAAAAAUAGAUAUGCUAUAAGUGAUAUAAAACAAACUAUUAUCUAGUCUACUGGGUUAGCGUAUUUGCAAAAUUGUAAAGCACCUUAACACUUCUAAGUGUUAAGGUGCUUUACAAUUUUGCAAAUAUGCUAACCCAUUAGACUAGAUAAUAGUUUGUUUUAUAUCACUUACUGCAUAUCUAUUUUUAAUUAUUAAACUAUAAACUGUAUACUAUUUAAAGCCAACCCAAUUGUGAGCUUCAAGUUCAAUAAGUACUGUGGUAGACAAAAAUUGUGCGCGAAUAUAAAUUUAUCAUCAUGACAAGAAUAAACCUGUGUAUAGUACGAUCAAGAUGGGCUCAGUUCAUAAUAUAAGAUAUAUAUUGAAUAAAAGACCACGAUAAAUCAGAAACUCGAUUACAAAAAAUACAAGAGAUAUGUAAAACCUUUCUUACUUUGGAAUCUAAUCGCUUAAGCUCCUGAGCUGUAUAUAUUGCAUUUUUGUUCUCCUCUUCAACUGCCAACAGCCUAACUGUGUCUUUCGCAUAUACUUUCCAACAUCGAAUAUUUUAUUGCGUAUAUGCCUUUGUAAAAGGUAUAAUAUUAUCUUUUCUAGCACAUUUUGUCAAAAACAAAAAACAUACGAUUUUUAAUAGGUAUCUUAACUUGUACUGGAUUCAAAAAUAAAAUGAAAAUAACACUGUAGAAGGAAUCCUAUACAAGCCGAAGUUGUUGCAUUUUGACAACAUGAUGCGAAAGUCUCCAUUUCCCUCAAAUGCCCCGAACAACAAGCGCUCCUUUGGCAAAACAUUCCGCAUAACCAUGGUAAUCUUGAUAUCAUUUUGAUCCCCGAGACACGCUCUGUUUCCCUGUUUACCUUAAAAAACCCUCAAGGAAAACGCGCACAAGCACGCGCUCGUGGAAUUUGAGGAAUUUUUCAAUUAUCAACUUUGCUACCAAGCUCCCAAAAUUGUCGCGCGGCAACGAAAAAAAUGGACACAUUUUAAUGUGCAAUUUCGCAUGCAAAAAUGCCAGGCGUGUCAAGAAGUAUCUCUGUAACACCCAACUUAUUACGACCGUCACAACAUGUGUGUGCUCAUUAGCAAUUCAAAGAUGAAAAGAUUCGCAGUUCCAAUGCUGCAACAAAUGUGCAUUAAUUUUGAUAUUGACAUUAACAACAUCAAGGCAAACUUAAAGCAGCCUUACAUAGACAAACUGACUGUCUUUGUUGGACAAUGCUCCUGUGCAAUGUGAGCUGGCAUAGCAAGACUUACGACAAUAUCUAGGACAGUCAAGUCUAGGUCAAUUAACUCAUUGAUAUCACUGACAUAUCCGGAAAGUUUUGCACCGUAAAAAUAUUGGUUUCCAUGAUACAAAACUUUAAAUGAAAUUUAAGUUUUAAAAUGCUGGAAGGCACCUAGUUCUUUAAAUAAUGUUGUUGUUUCUAGUGUAAUUAAUAUUAUUACGAUUGAUUGAUUAAUGAUUGAAUUAAGGCAAUUACCGCAAAUAGUAAAAUAUAUCCAAUCGUGACAAAUUACAUUCAAUAGAAAGCUUGAAGAUUCUGUUUUAAAACCAAUUAAGGCAGCAUUUUUCCAUCUUGCAAAAUUUUAUUUUUUUGUAUAUUUUGGAUCGAUUCAAGUAUCUUCCAACCAAAGUUUUGAUUUCGAUAAGUGAUGGUGUAACAGCCGUAGGGUUCUAAAAAUAGCUUUGUUUACGUGGAAAUUAGGUUUUUCACGGCUUUAUUACAAUAACCCAAUUCAAUUUUUUUGUUAUGCACGAGAGCAACACUUCAAUAUCAUAGCACAUAACGAAAAAGCCAGUUAUAUUUAGGAUAUAAAAUUGAUACCAUGAAUGUGUCAAAAAGGCACUUCCGUCAUUCAAUUUUACUCUUUCACAAAAUAGAUCAAAAAACCUAUAAUUACCUCUCAGCGUUUCACUACUAAUACCUGUAUUAAAAUUGAGUUCGAAUAUCCUAGUUUUCUGUUGUCUUGAGGCAUGCUGAAACAGUUUUAAAAUCUGACCUACACCAUGCCUAUUUCUAUUGUUUUGACGCAGUAUGAGGGUAAAAUCAAUUUUUCGUAUUUUCUCGCGAAAGAAUGCGUUUUUUGCAAAUCAAACUACAACAUCACGAUUCUAAGUAUCAAAGGACUAUCAAAAGGCUGAAGAUGAAUGAAGAAAAUCGAUUUCUGUGCUUGUGCCAAGAUUGAAAUUUUGCUUGAUUUUUAUACACAGUCAUUCUUAAAUAUUAACUAUUUAAAAUCAAAUAAAUUUCAGGUACUACCAUUUGCAAUCAACUGGUCAGUGUCCAAAUUUUUUCAUGAUGUUUACGUUUCAAAACGUUAUGUUAAGUCAGUCACAACGUCACGUUAUUGCCGCGGAAUGUACACGUUUACAUCCAGCUUUGACAUGUUUUGAAUCAAUUUUGAAAUGUUUAAACUGUGGUUUGUCAAAUUGUUCUGAACACCACUCAUUCGUAAAAGAAAAAUUCGAUAAGAAAAUGUUAGUUCAAAUUAAAAUGCUUUACGGUGAAGACUUUUCUCGCUGCAAAGUACAUUCGUUAUUUAAAAGUGAAUUAAGUUGCUUAUAUUUAGCAGAUUUUAAACGCAUAGUACAAAACACAGUUGGCGGAUUUAUGAGCGGUGUUGACAGCCAAACUGCUCGAAUUCAAUACAGAGAUGAUGAAAAAACGUUUGUUACCAUGAUGGAUGAUUCUGAUCUGAAAGAUGCAAUACGAUGCUUGACAGCAGUGCCAAAUACAGAUGGCAUGUUUAGAAUGUGUGUGCGAGUUCACAACAAGGUUACACCUAUUGGAAAGAAUAGAAAUGCUUCUAAAACAAAUACUACCAACGCCAAUGGAAUCAGGUACUGAAAAAUUUACUUCUGAUCGCUUUUAUAAUGAUCCUGAUAAUCAGAAUAAUUGUUCUGAAACAAUCCGUAAACGACGACUUGACUUUUAUAAAGGGAAACAAAUAGACAAAUCAGAACUUUUUAUGAGUAAUACGCAACCAAAAACGAAGCGUACACAUACUGCAAAUACAUCCACAAUCACGAAAGCUCGGCCAACUUGUCAUGAAUUACACGAGCCCGAAACUCUUAUAAACACUCCGAUCCAAAGAUACUUAGCUAAAACUGAACAAAAUAUUGAAGAAAAAGAUCAAAGGAUACAAGAAGUAAUGAUGGCAGAAUUAAAUGUUAAAAGCAGAAUUGAAAGAGCAAAGAGUAAUAACGUGGGACAGGGAAAUCUCUGUAGGAAUUGUCAUAUGCGACUUCGUCAUACUGCGCGAAAUUGUGAAUUUGUUGACAAGUGCACUUCUGUUUUUCAGUGCGGAGUAGAUAAGUUGCACACAGGCGAAGUUAAUUUAAAACAAAUGGCGCGAAACGUAAAAAAGCUAAAAACUGAAAAAGAAAAACUAAUCGAGGAGCUGGAAAACAAAAAAUCAGCCACUGAAAAUUUAAAGGACAAUAUCCUAAAUAAAUUAGAGGACUCGUUACUCAAUGCAGAUCCAGUGUCAUAUAAUAUGGGGGGGGGGUUAAAAACUGGAGUCUUCUUAGGAAACAUGUUUUCGUUCUGCGAAAGUACUGUCAAACUACACUGCAUGGCAGAAUUCCGCCAAAGCAUGAGAUUUUGACUUGUCUCGAAGCUGCCCUAACAUCUAAAGAUUGCACAGGGAUAGAUAUAUCUCUCAAACAAAGUAAGAAAAAAUGUGAAAACCCGGCCAGACCCACAUUAGAAAGGUAUGGAAUACAAUUUCCAACUCGUCACAGGGAAUCUCACGACUCUGAACUUGAAGAUUCUGAUGAAGAAACAUAACUCGCAACAUACACCCGUGUUAGAUCGUGUAGUCCUGAUUUAAACCGUUCGAGAUUGUGCAAUCAAUCUUGGAUUGAUCGAAUUAAGCCUACGAAUGAGAAAGAGGAGAAUGAGCAACUUAGACUUGCUUUGUCUGCUAAUUACGCGGAAAAUGAGUGUCAACAUGAACGCGGUCAGUAUGACAUUGAGUCAAUCUACUACAGUCGCUCAACAUUACCUUGUUCAAAACCAUCUUCUACUUGCAACUCAACAGGAUGCUGGUACUGUGCAGGAAUCAGUCAAUAUUAACGAAGUCACUUGCACUGUAAACGAUGCAGCAGCUGGCCCUACUUUCAUUGCGAAAUUUGGAUAGUGAUACCACUUGAAUGAGCAGUUUUUGAAUGUCAGUUUUAAACAUAUUUUCACUAUUUAUGACACUGUUGUUGCUGACAUUGUCAAUUUGGCAUUGACAAUGCCGACAUUGUGCUUUGUUUAUAUGUAUACUAUACGAGAACAAACUUUAAUAUUUUGUUAAUUGUGAAUAGGCUAGCGGAACAGUGUUGUUGUUGUUGUUGUUGUUGUUGUUGGUAUGUUCCAACUAACUCAGUUGGUUCUAGUAUUAUUAAUACUGUACACAAUGCAGUUAUAUUACUGUAGGGUAAACUGUAAUAUCAAACUGAAUACAGUGACAUGCAGUGUUGUGAUUGUGAUGAAAUAUUUAUUACAGUAAAAAUGUCCUUCGAAAUUUUUCCCGCACCUACAAUAACAGUAUUACAGCAAAUCUUUCGAUAAUUAAUAUACAGUAAACAUCAUUUUUAACAACUAUAAAUCAAGGAAAUAAAUAUGAAGUGUUUUUGAAAAAGCCCACCAUGUCCUCAUGAGAAAUCUUUUCGAUUGUAAGCAUUGCUGAUAAUUUCAUAUUUGCCGACGUUAUUUCUUUAAGUUCGUAAUUCAUAACUGUUCGUAAUUCAUAAUUGAAAGAAUGCUCAAUGGGGUUUAGGUCAGGAGAAAAAACCGGAGUAUAUAGCAAUUCAACGCUCAUUUCUUGCAAGUAUUCCUCGAGUACUUCCCCACUUUCGUAAUGAUGAACCGAUAAGUUGUCCAUCACUAGAAUGUCGCCUAUUUCGAGAGCUGGAUGCAACGUUUGUAAAUUAACAGCAUUCGAAGCUUUUCCAAAAAAAAUUUAAAAUUCGUAAGUAUUUGAGGCCCCGUCAAUGAUAUCAUAAUACUCAGCGCCGUUCAAUGAGACAAUCAUGUUGAUUGUUGCGUUUGGCGAUUCACAUUUUUUCACAACUUCAACACACCACUCUCCUUUUGGUGCAUGUCCAUAUAAACGCAUGCUAACGUUUGGAUAUUUAACACCUGCUUCGUCAAAAAACUUUAAACUGUUCGGAUUCUUCGAGCUUAGGUAAUCCAUAAAUAUUUGCGUAUACAAUAAAUUGUUAUAAGCAAACCAUUGUGAAGUCGACAUGGGUUAUUUUCUUACACGUAUAUGUUUUGCCAGAUUCCAUUCUAGAUUUCAAUGUGUGUGAUAUUGACGAGAUCGAGAUGUCUCCUUGUGUAUUCCCUAGUUCUUCCAUAGUAGAAUAAAUUUCUUUGAGUGAAACAGAUCCCUUAUAUUUUUUCAUUAAUUCGAUAAGCUCUAGAUCUUCGGACUUCAGUUUGCUAUGUCUGUCCACUCCAGAUUUUUUCCCUUCCAAUGUAUAGUGAUUACAAUACUGCAACCAUACUUUUUUACCGUUUUUAAUGAUACUUUUAUAGCGUUAGAAACAGCGGUGUAUGAACCUACAGGAACGAAUUGUGUUAAUCUGUCUCCACCGCGACGGUAAAGUUCGUCGAUUAUCAAGGAUUUCAUGUCCCUUGACAACCCUACACCUUGUCUGUAAGAACGACCUUGGCUAUUGACUUGCAUUUCCGUAAAGUGUAAGGGUUUUUUGAUUUCAAAGUGAAUUAAAUAACAAGGCAACAACCUGGCGUAAUGGGCGUGUAAACAUUUCAAAAUUGAUUCAAAACAUGUCAAAACCGGAUGUAAACGUUUACAUUCCGCGGCAAUAACGUGACGUUGUUGAAACAUUGGACACUGACCAGUUGAUUGCAAAUGGUAGUAUAAAGAUGAGUAAAAUUACCAUUGAAGAUCUCAAAGGGACAACUGCCCCACAAUUAACCGGAGUAUCAGGCCCUCUGUAUUGAAAGAGGGCCUGACACAAUUCGCCUUUAAGCCAUGUUCAACAUCCAGAAUCUGGAUGUUAUGCUGAUUGGCUAAGAGACGAUAAAACGCAUCAUGUGAUUCAAACCGGAAAUAUAUGACCGGCGUAUGUAAACACCAAAAAUAGAAUUUGUAAUUUUGUCAAUAUACUGUUAAAAGUGCUUUAUUUCUGAAAUUUAUUUUCAAUUAAUUAAGCCUAAAAAUGACAAAAUAAGUACGAAAAGACGUUGAAAACGCUUUUGCAGCAACAUUUUACUCGGUAUAAAACUACAUAGUCAUAGUAGAAAGCGUGUCUAAAUAUCUCGCCGUAAUAGUCGCCGUAGAACGAAAAUAUGUGGAUGUCGGAAAUUUUCAAUUAUUUAGUUCCAAAAAGCUGAAGCCUUAUUUAUCAGUUUAUUGCCGAGCUGUUUUCCAAGACCUGCAAGGAUAUAGUAGUCAGCUCGCUCGAACUAAUAUACCAACAUCAGGCAGAAAUUGAAGACAAUAGCAGCUGUGUCAGACGCAGUUGAAGCGAAUAGCUGUCUAGGAAGAAGAAAUCCUAUUCAGAGCGCCGAAUGUUGUCUCUUUAGACUCCUGGAAAAAGCCACCGAGCUAUGGUUCCCCGAAUGAGGCAUAGUUUACACUUAGAAUUCCAUCAUGUGGAUAUUUCGACAAAAACAUACCCAUAAAUUUGAAUAAAUACGGAUUUAUUCAAAUUUAUACAAAACUGCAAAUAACGAAAUUUGCGUAUUUACAUACCUGUAGCGGACAACCGGAAAUAUGCUACAACCGGAAAUAAUUUUAAUUGGCUGAUAUUCUGGGGGUGGAAAGCCCGUAGAGGCGAAUUGUGUCAGGCUCUCUUCAAUACAGAGGGCCUGAUACUCAGGUUACCCCACAAUCACCAAAAAAAUACUCAUAAACCUAACCUGUGCUAUUCUGACUAAAAGUCCAAUACAACCAACAAGAAAUGGAUCAAUGUUCUCAAUGAACUUGUGUGAUCAAGAUCCAUCUUCAACAGUACAAGCUGUGUGUUUUGACAAGAAUAUGUUUGACAAAUUUGAAGCAAAUGGAACAUAUGACUUUCAACAAUUCAAAGUCAAAAAGGGAUAUGGUUCUACCAACACUGUUGAAAUACUAAUUGAGCAGUCUACAUUGGUAAAAAAGCAGCUUCCCAGAUCAAACUCAAAGAGUGUUGUUUUACGAUUUCUCAGAUUUUGAGAGGGGACACAUGUCAUAUCAGAUUCAUCAACCUCAAAGCUAAGGUUACUCGGGUAGAAGAUGUCCAAUCUGUUGGUUCAUAUCCCGACCAAAAGAGAUGUACAUGUAGCUGAUUUCACAGGCAGUGGUGAAGCCGGCGGUCAUGCAGUGCAUGACUAAAAAUUUCCCCAAAAAUGUUUAAAAAUCAGUCCAGUAUAAUUGUUUACAAUAGAUUACACUUUAUCUUUGCACUUCUACGACUAAAUAUUUUAUUUAUUAUUUUGCUUACCCAAAUCAGUGGUCUUUAGGCGAUAUUUUCGCUAAAUAUUCUUGUAUGUUAUUGACUUUGGCUUUGUUACCUUGGCAACUGAGCGGUCCUGCAUAUUUUCACAUGCAUGACUGGUUGCAUAAGCACGUAGAAAAUGAUUGUGUGUUUUGGUCGUGCAUUUUCAGAAUUUCAUGACUAGCUAUAUUAUUUUACAUUAGCUUACAACGCUUACAUUACUUACAUUGGCUUACAACGUUCGCGCACAUGCAAUGUGGCUGUUUUUGACGCCUUGGUCAUGCAAUUUUCGAUUUGCAUGACUAAAUGGGCAACACAAUCUGAUCACAGCCUCUUAGCUCGAAGCUUUCAGCCUGAAUGAACACGUCUUCAGGUCAUUCAAGCAUGUCUACUUCUUCUUUACUCUAAGUAGUCUCAAAGCUAACGAUAUUGUUUGGGAAUUGGUGAAAAAAAAAUUUUCUGCUCAGCAGAAUAUUAUUGUGUAUAAGCAGAGACCAACGCCAGAUCUUUCGACAUGGCCAAUCGGGAAAAGUUUUGAAAUGUCGUAUUCAAAGAAAGAAUGGCUUAGGCUAAAUAAGCUAUUUGUAUUUAAUUAUUGUUAUAUUGUCUUGAAUAUUUAAGCCUUCAACCCGAGCAUAGGCGUAUAAAGCAUCAAGCGCUAUAUACUGUAUGAAAUACAAUGUCAAUGUCGAGGUGGUCGAGGUCAAUAUUAAUGUAGUAAACAAUGUAGUUCUAUAAAUAGCGCUGCAAAGUUCGUGAUUUAGCAACAUAUUUGAUAUAUACUUGUUUGUGAAACAAACAAAAAAAUUUCAGUAUAUAUUGUUAAAUUGUAUUUACCAUUUGGUACAUACUCCCUGUAAACUGACAGUAAAAUUUCAACUCAAACAUCUAAUAAUGCCUAAUUCCGGCUUUCUGUAUCUAAAAAUAAUAUUGUAAUAAAUUGGCCUAAUGCGUAAUGCGUUAUAUUUUCCAAGUCUGCAUAUUAUACCUAUAUUCUAGCUUAUACUGACUGUAUUAGCAGCUGUUUGUCAUUAUGUUUCGUUAGUAUAUGUGGAUAAAAUUUCUCUAGUUCUGGUAAUGUAAACAAACUCUUCAGACUUCACUUUGGAAUACUAGAAGGGGGUAGCAUACCAAAGUAAUCAAUUAAAAAUUAUGUAGUCUAUACAGACUAUGAUAAUACAGAACAUCUAUGCAUAUAAUAUUUUCUGAUCGAAAAGAAAUACAUAACUGCCAGUAUGACUAUAAUUAGAGCGGAACUGCAGACCACAGAUUUCCUAUUUUUGUGUCGCUCUGCAUUAUUGUUAUCUGAAAUAUGCCAAAAUAUCAACAUAUUUUCCUUCAUUAGGUCAAUCUAUUUCUCGGAGUUUGGGGGGGGGGGCAUGCCCCUGAACCCCGCUAGGGAGUCUCGCACCUUCGGCGCUCAUUUGCAUUACCACUCACACGACGCUGGCUUCACGACUGUCCACAGGUAAGUCUCAUGCAUGCUUGACCAGGGAUAUGAGAUUGGAAUUUCACGAGCAACAUAGCCUAUCACACAGCUAUAUAGCCUACAGUAACAAAAAUAGUAUACAGCAUCUUAUUUUUUAAAUUUUUGUUGCAUGCCAUAUACGGCAUGCAACUUUCAUAUAGCUCUAAAUUUUGUGUCGUGGUUGGUGAGUGAGCGGUGAGCGUACCAGUCACGUGGCAGGUUCGUAAAAUACGACAAAUACGUCGAGUUUUUCCGACAAGCACUUUCAUAAUUCAUACCGGGUUUUCGUCGAGGAAAUGCAAAGAAAUAUCAAUUAUUCGCCGAAAAUGUACAUAAUUGAGCGCCUUAGAAAAAUAAAUCGAGGUAGGUAAAGCUUUGUUGUUUUUAACUUGCCGUAUAUUCUGUUAUUUGUUGUGAUUUUGGGGUGCUCGCGCGCACUGAUUAUUGAUCAAUUAUCAGGCUUUUAUUUAUGUAUCGCGAAAGCCUCAAAGCCAUAUGCUCAAAGCCCACGCUAUCAAAAUACUCGAUUUUUACAUACUCAAACUGAAAGGAGCCAUUGUGCUCGCACUAUUUAUAUUCUGUGCAAAGCUUUAAAACUACAGCACAUUUUGAAAUAUAAAUAUCAAACAAAAUUUGAAUUAAAAUAGUAAUACUAUUGAAAUUUAAUACAACGAAAUAGCAACCAUUGUGAAGUACGCAUAAGAUUCAACAUGACAUUCAACAUGACAUUCGAUAUACCGUAAACCUCCAACUAUAAGCCCUGGGCUAAUAUAUUUUCGUCAGCGAUUUUUGAUGAGCUUAUACAAGGGGGAGGGCUUAUAUAUGGGGGGGGGAGGCUUAUACAAGGACGAUCUUUUGUGUUAGUAACUAAUAAAUCAGACGUAAACAAGUUAGUCAUAAACAGGAAAAUAAACGUGUAUUAAUUAUAACUCGCUUUGAUUAACAUAGUAAGAUAUAAAGACAAUGACAAUGUUUUUAAAUAUCAUUCUCUGAUAUAAAAGGCAAUGUCAAUGUUGAAUAAUGUAGUGGGCUACUGGGCUUAUAUUCGGGGGGGGGGCUUAUAUUUGGGUCUGCUUGUAUUCGGGAGGGGCUAAUAUUCUGAGGUUUACAGUAGUGUAAAUUAACUCAUUUCAAUCACUCCAAUUCCAAAAUGAAAAAUACAGCCAUUUCUUCUCUCCCAAAUGAAUUAGAAAAAAACGUAAGGUCAUAUUAACGAACUAGUACCUUUAUUCUUUUUCAGCUUCGACAAUUUCAAUCAUAGCUUAAUAAGCAUUUUCAAUCUAUUAUAGUAAUUCACCGUUUCCACUGGUUUUUUAAACCUUUAAAAAAUUACAAUAAAGCUAAAUCUAUAGCAGUAUUGGAAAAAACGUUAUUUAAUUAUACUAUUUGUAAAGGAAAUCUAACAGUCAAUUGCUUUUGAUAAAACCUUGACCCACCUUGACCUUGUUAUUACCGUCGCUCGCAACUAAACAUUAACAGUCACUGAUAAAAACAUUGCCUAUUCGUGUGAGAAUCUUAAGUUUUCUUAUUUUGACAUAAUAGCUAUUUUUCAAUAAAUAUAUCGAUAUUAAACUUAUUGAAUCAAUAUUUUAAGUUUCACACCAGUUGUACCAGAGGUUAUAAGCGCUAUAGCGCAUCAUAAGUUUCAGAUGGCAUGCAACAUGUACGCAUUGCGUACCUAUUUUUAGUGUUUGUAAGCAAAGCAUAGAUCUCCACAAUGAUACAAAACUGAAGUUGGGACAUCUGGUCUCCAUCUUUCAGAAAUGGAGCUAAAAUUUCAUGCAAACUUGAAAAUGACAGAACUUUUGACUGGACAUAUUUUGAUAAAACAAACACCAGAACAUUUCAAAUAAAUCAGAUCUAAAAACUAGUAUAUUUAUAGUAAGUCCCUUUACCCUUGUUGAUUUUAAAAUUUUCACUGUUUUCCCUACUGUGCAGGUCAUAUUGAUCUUGUACUGUGGGGAGGUGAUGUUCUUGGCUUACAAAACGCAGUUUUGUCAGAAUGCAACAACCAUCUUACUAUUACUACAACGUUAGAGACCAUCAUUAGCAAGCUAAGUGAAGAAAUGACAGUUUCUGCUGCACCACCAAAAUCAUCACAAAAAUCCAAUGUGAUCUGCAUGGAGACAUCUAUUUUGGCAAUCAAAGAUUUCAGCUGCAAUUUCAAGUGUGUUGGAUGUUGCAUGGAUAUUGACUCAAAUUCUACCGUUGGCCCAAUGCUAAAGUGUCCAACAUGUUCAACCCUUUCUCUCAAAAGAUCUGCUCAGCUGUAUAAUAAUUGCAUGUUACUGUUACCAAACAACAAACGGUUUUCUGCCAAUACACAAGUAAGUUAGUUAAACUGUUUGAUAACAUUAAUGGUCAGUAAAGAAUGUAAUUAAUAGCACAAUACUGUAGUUCAUGUACCACACAAAACAUUCACUGACAGAUAAAAAUGUUCUAUAAGUUUGUGAAAAUAUAUAUCUCAUACCAUAUGGGUAUAGUGUAAAUCUAAAUAAUUGUAUUCCAAUCUUUUCAUUUUUGCAGGUAAUUCAGCUUUCAUUUGACUGGGAAGCUCCAAAAAAAGAACCAACUGAGCAGGAGAUUUUCUGUGAGAGUGGAUAUGGAUAG